AUGGGUACGCGAAAGCGCACUCGUUCUGAGGCAGUCCCUGCCCCAGAGGAGCCGACCACCGAAGAGCCAGGCCUGUUGCAACAGAUUCGCAGUAGCUGGGAAUUCGCGAGUCUCAUGCAAUAUAUCGCCAUGUUCGGGAAAGUAAUGAAGAUUGACGAGGACUUCGAGAUCGAAGACCUAGAGGACGAGUGCCUCAAGCCCGAGCCAUCGCAUAGACUACUGGAGAUCGGUCUAUGUCUGUUGAAGUGGAUUUCUUCGCACAGGGGUCUCACAUUUGAGAACUUUGAUGAAUACACUCGCCGACAGUACAACGCGAAGGCGCCGCAUAUCCCCAACCCUUUUGGUCAGGAUGAAGAACCCCUUAAGUUCCUGCAGUUCGAUGUCUUUCUUAAACUUCGCGUCCUGCACCAAUUGUCUGUGUGGACCUUCUGGAACGCCGACCGCAUCCGGGAGAAGAUACCAGAGAAGAAAGAGAGCGAACAGCUUCAAUGGCGCAUAGAAGAGUUCGGAUAUGACCAAGAGGGUCGGUCCUAUUACGUCCUAGAUGACAAUCGCCUUUACCGCCGUACGGAUCCGCCUAUCCCCGCGCCUCAACGCCCUAAGAAAAAGCCCAAGAGCCGUUCGUCCCGUACCUCUCGAGCCUCUAGACGCGUGUCAGCCCUCGCCGCCGAAGAACCAGAAGACGAGAGUAAGACUGAUACAGCAAACGGUACCGCCCCUGAAUACCAGUACAAAUGGGAGUGCAUCGCGGUCACCUUGCCGGAAUAUCAAGAGUUCUUGGAGACUAUCCGAAAGAGCAAGGAUCCCGAUGAACAGUAUCUCCGUGACCGGAUCGAGGAGCACGUUAUGCCACUACUAGAGAAGGCCGAGGAGUCGCAACAACGCAAGCGCAUUAAGCGUGAAAAGGAAUUGCAUAACUUGCAAAUGCUAGCGGGGGCCAAGCGCUCUAGCCGACUUGCUCAGAAGGAAGAACGCGAUCGUGUCGAGAAGGAAGCUGCUGAAACCGCUCGUAAGCACGAGAAUGAUCUCGCCGAAGCUCGACGUGAGCAGGCAAAAAACCAGCAACUCGAGAAAGAGCGGCAAUCACGCAUGAUGACCCGUGAGCAACGUACUCGAGAUCGUGAGCAAAAACGCCUCAUACACGAGGCAGAGCUUGAGCGAAUCGCAGCGGAGCAGGAGAAGCUGGAACGUGGUGAAGGCAGAGUCUCUGCACGAAAUCUCAAAGCAGAAUUGGAAAAAUCCCAGAAAAACCUGAAUGAUCUGACUCAAGACGAUGAGUGGAUAUUUGAUUGCUCUGGCUGCGGUGCAUAUGGUGAGAAUCUUGACGAUGGUAGCCAUAGCGUUGCAUGCGAGAAAUGCAAUGUCUGGCAGCACAGCAAAUGUCUUGGAAUUGCAAUGGAAGAUGCUGAGAAAGAUGACUUCCACUUUGUCUGUCGCGAUUGCAAGCGUAAGGCAGAAGAGGCAAACAAGCCUAAGAUUCCACCUCUGAAGUUCCGAGUCAGUUCUUCUGCAUCGCCCCAUUCUACUCCGCCAACGGCCAAGAAACAGAAGAUGGAAGAUGAUGCCAUCGCUCCUCCAUCUCCUGUGAAGCAGACUCAUGCUGCUCUAUCUAGCAUGCAGAAUGGGGGACCGCGUCCGUCUACCGAGUAUCCGGCUGCGGCGGCGUCUCCUGCUAAGCCGUCUCUCCCAUCUCUAACAUCUCAAGGUCAAUUUUACCCUCCCUCCUCUCCUCAGCGUCGUUCGCAUCACAUAAACCAAACCCCUUUACCAUCAUCCAGUCCUCCUCGACCUCCAUUCUCCCCACCAAAGAAUGGCCCGAUGUACCCUUCUCUGGGUCAUCAGCCGCAACUUGGACAUCACCAGGGUGGUCUGCCGCACAUGCCAGGACCGCACCUGCAUCAACUUCCACCUAUGAAUUUGCCUUCACUGCCCGCUAUGAAUCCUGUACGGCCAUCUUCAUCCCACUCUGGUCCUACCCAGACUCAACCAUCUAUGUCACCCACGCAAGGUAACCAUGAAGUUGGCCCGUUAGCAGGAUUCCCGCAUACAUCGGGCGCGGCGAACGGAUCAGGCUAUAAGCCAUUUGACCCAUACUCGAACUAUUCUACGCCUCGACCUCAGUCCGGACAUGGAGCCCCGCCUUCUAUGUCUAGUAACUACCCAUCGUUUUCUGCCGCUGCAACCCCCAAUGGAAACCACUCCACUCCUCCCCAUAGCUCCCAUGGGAUGGGGAUGUCUGGAAUCAGCCCUAUGAAGCAAUCCCCUCGAGCUGUGACAUCUGGAAGUGGCAUUGCCGGUGCGCCAGUCUUACCUCCAAUCCGCAAACUGGAGCCCAGCCCCAAACUCAUGGGCCGCAGCUCACCGGAUGCCCCGAUUCCUCCGCCUGUAAAAUGCAUGACACCUGAGCAAGCAGAGCGCCGUGCAAGGGAAAAUGCCUCGCUGUUCAACCAGGGUCCCGGAUACCCAGCCCAUAGCCAGGGUCAUCCCAUGUCUUCCCCAUCUUUCGACCGUAUCCCUCCCUUGGGCCCUGCAGUCACGCAACAAUAUCCAGAGCCUGUACCAUCGCCCCAGCGUGGUGGUGAUGCACAUCGCCAGUGA